AGCAGCCAGUGGUGCGGGAUAGUGGUCAGGCCCGGCGGCGCAGGGGAACCGGUCGGCCGGACAGUGGGGGCGGCGCGGAGAUGGCGGUCGAUAAGGAGCUGUUGCAGCUGGAUCUCUACGCCUUGCUGGGGGUUGGGGAGAAGGCGUCGGAGAAGGAGGUUAAGAAAGCAUAUAGGCAGAAAGCCCUGACUUGCCAUCCAGAUAAGAACCCAGACAAUCCCAGAGCAGAGGAACUCUUCCACCAGCUGUCUCAGGCCUUAGCAGUUCUAACCGAUGCAGCAGCAAGGGCUGCAUAUGACAAAGUGAGAAAAGCCAAGAAGCAGGCAGCUGAAAGGACUCAAAAACUUGAUGAGAAAAGAAAGAAAGUAAAGCUUGACCUUGAAGCCCGGGAACGAGAAGCCCAAGCUCAUGUGAGUGAAGAGGAAGAGAUCCGAAUAACCAGGACACUAGAACAAGAGGUAAUACGCCUGCGGGAAGAGGGCUCCCGGCAGCUAGAAGAGCAGCAGAAACUCAUUCAGGACCAGAUCCGACUUGAGAGAGAGCAGCGAGUCCAAGGGAAACAUGGGAAUGGUGUAGAAGGCAAAGGAACUCCCAAACUCAAACUAAGAUGGAAAUGCAAGAAGGAUGAUGAAACAAAAGGGGGAUACACAAAAGAAGUUCUCCUGCAAAUCCUGCAGAAGUAUGGUGAAGUGCUGAACUUGGUGUUAUCAAGUAAGAAGACUGGGAGUGCGGUUGUGGAGUUUGCUACAGUUAAAGCUGCUGAGAUGGCAGUGAAGAAUGAAGUUGGUUUGAUAACUAACCCUCUAAAGAUCUCCUGGUUAGAGGGUCAGCCACAGAACAAUCCCAGCAUGAAGUUCCCUGAUAGCACUCGCCAGCCUAGAGCUUCUCAGGAUUCUGUCCUCUCAGAGCGGGAUUAUGAAAGCUUGGUUAUGAUGCGGAUGCGUCAAGCAGCUGAGCGACAGCAACUGAUUGAGCAGCUCCAACGGGAAGAUGAGGAAGAGUCGCACACAUAGCAUGGUGCAACACACAUUCUUUCCCCUAUCCUUCAGCUAGAAACUUUUCUUAAAUUAAGUCAAUAAACCUUUUUUAAAAUUUA